GCGGUAAUGCGCAACUAACAUUGAAUGUCGACAACACCCUGAACUCACCGAAGAAGAAGACAGCACCCAGCUUCAGGGCUGAGAAACAGGAGUCGAGUCUGAGAAUCGGUCACUGGGUGUAAAUGAGGUCCCAGCUGUGUGCCGUUUGAACACAAUUGCAGAAAACAACUUGGAGGUGCAGAUUAGCAACAUCAAGUUUUACAUUAAUCUUAAAGCACAUGACGAUGUCAGAUACUACACACUACACACACUAUUAGGAGGACUGUAUCCAGAUCCUUUUUGUUUCAAAUCGGAGACAAAUGGUUUUGAGUCAUGGAGCAAGGUGUUGUCGACAGUCCUGUUAUCCUUGUCAUCAAAGCACCCAACCAGAAGUACGAUGACCAGACCAUCAACUGUUACCAGAACUGGACUGUGGAGAAACUCAAAGCACACCUGUCAGAUGUAUACCCCAGCAAACCGAGCUCCAAAGACCAGAGGCUGGUGUAUUCUGGAAAGCUGCUUUUGGAUCACUUUACCUUAAAAGAUGUGCUCAGAAAGCAGGAUGAGUACCAUAUGCUCCAUCUGGUGUGCGCAUCACGAACCCCUCCCUGCUCUCCGAAGCCCCUCCGCAGCCGCGGUAAUAAGCCCCAGGAGAACCCGGCUGGUCCCACGCCCCUUCAAAACUCUACCAGUCCUCCCACUGGUCAGCAAAGCCAGUCCUCUACAGGAGAGAGCAGCGAUGGACUCACACAGAGAGCCGGACCCUUCCCUUACCACCAGAUGUAUCCUCAAUUUAUGCACAGCUGGAAUCAAUACUCCCCUCAGUCCACUCCCCCCACAAACAUGCCUGCUUAUUACAACCCCAUGACACUGAUGUGGUGGCAGCAGUUGUACGCCCGGCAAUACUACAUGCACUAUCAGUUCCUGGCAGCCUCCUCUCAACACCUCAGACCUGAUCAGCCCUCGACCCACUCUAACCAGCCCGACCCUCUGAGCCAGCGUGCUCAGGCAGAUCGCCGUGGCAACCCAGAAGUCCAGAUGAACGCCCAGGGAGGAGAGAUCCUGAACGAGGAGGAGCUGAACCGGGAUUGGCUGGACUGGGUGUACACAUUUUCACGUGCUGCCAUCCUGCUCAGUAUAGUCUACUUCUAUUCCUCCUUCAGCCGCUUUGUCAUGGUGAUGAUGGCCAUGCUAGUGCUGUACCUGCAUCAGGCCGGCUGGUUUCCCUUUAACCUGGAGAAUGAACUCCAGCUUCCUGGAGACAGAGCCAAUCAGGAAGAUAUGGAGGGAGAGCAACAGAACCAAGACUAUCCGGAAAUGGAUGGAGUGCUGGACGAUGGAUCGGACGAUGAUGGGGACAGUGGAGAGGAAGCAGCAGAGGAUCCAAACAGCGCCCCGCAGACGGGCUUUCUGUCCUCUACUUGGUCGUUCAUCAUCACCUUCUUCAUGUCUCUCAUCCCAGAGGGGCCGCCAAACGCUGCUAACUGAACCACGAGCCGCCACAGUUCUCCACAAGGGCACAUUCUUACUUUACAAAGGAGGAAGAGUAUCCUUACUGCUUAGGGAAACUGUUUCUGUUGCAGUAAAGUGUUAUGGUUUCCCAAUAGUGAUCUUUAACUACAUAUCUAAAACUCUGAGCCAAACAACAAAAGACUGAUUUAACCUGGAAAGAGAAAAAUGUCACUUCAUGUUUUGUUUUCUGGACGAACACUUUCAACUUUCAAAUGAUACAAACAUUUGUUUAACUGCUUUAUACAAGGAUUGCUAAUGACGCCUUGUAAUCAUAGUCAAAAUAAUAAUAGUGUCCACUAAUGUAUUGUCUCAGAUUUUUUUAUGAUAGCAGGCACAUUUAAAGUAAAUAUAGCAUUGCAGCAUUAGGCCUCAAAACCUGAGUCUGUCUUUAUUUCUUUUUCAAGAAGCUGCAAUAUUUGUUGAAAUAGUUGUUUGAAUUGUAAUUAUUUUUUGUUAUUCUGUUUUAUCUAAAUAAGAAAUGUUAUUUUAAAAAAGGGGCCACUAACCCUCUUAGUGAAUAACCCUGAGUCAUGUAGCGCCUGUGAUCAUUUACAUGGGUGGUCCUGGACUGAGAGUUCAUAAAAUGUGUCUCAAGACAUUGUUUACUGUGUUGAAAUGCACCUGAGUGAUGAUAGCUGCAGAAAUGUGAUUUUUUUACUCAAGUGAAACAAUGAACCACUAAUUUUAUGACUUCCUGAAAGAACCGAGUUAAAUUGAGGGAUGGAUAUUCCACUAGUGAUGGAAAAUCAAGCAGGACGGCGUUUGUUGGGAUUUAAAGUCACGUGGCAUAGAGCGAACAUAGACACUUUAAAUGGUCCUACUGUUAAAGAGAAGCACUGCCACGAUUCAGAGUUCCUGUAGGACAAAGCUCACACACCUUACGUGGGUGAAAUGGCUGCUGCUGUUAACAUGUUAACCAAUAAUAAUCAUGUUGAAUAAACCUUUCAUGGUAAUGUUAUCGUUUGGUUCUCCUGAUUCCCACUAAAUAAAACAUUUAAUUACAACAGCUGAUGUAAUUGUCCCGCGCCACAGAAAGCAUCAUAAAAAAACAACUAUUUAUCUGUUAAAUAGACUACAGUCUAUCAGUUGUAGCUCCUCUGUGAAGAACAUUAGAUAAUAUGCUAAUAAUGAAUGUUCUAUUUCAUCAUACUGAUUGGUAUUACAAGUCCUCAAACAGUGCACAACAACAAGCAAACAUUACAUUCAGGAUGGAUUACGCAUUCUUUUUAUUGUCCAAUAUUAUUCGUCUUGCCCUUACCUGCUGAAGGUUCUCCAUCAAAUAUAGUCUUCAGCAUAUCUAGACUUUACACUUCGUAUAGCAUUGAUAUUUAAGUGCACUGUUCUAAUAUCUGUAAAAUCACUUUUAAAAACCUGCAGAACGACAGGUGUUCUCACUUAUCGCGGCUGAGUAGACCUGCUUCUCGGGGCUACUUGGAAGUUUCCCACCCUAACAAGAUCACUACAACGUAAAGAGCAGCGAGGGAGAAGUCAAAUCAAACCCAAUCUGUACCUGCCCACAGGCCUGAGAGCAGCGCUAAUUAGUCCAUUAAAUGAAAACACCUGUAUGCCAGUGAGUGUAACCAAGGUUACUCAGAACAUUCAAAGGGCCAGUAGCACUCAGCUGAGACGUGGACGAUGGAUCUCUACUGCCACCUUUUGUACUCAGGAUAAACGUGUUACAAAUGGGACAGUCAGGAACCUACCCAAUAUGUGGAAAAUUAACCUUGUAACAUUUCUUUUUCAUCCUUGAGGACCGAAUCAAACCAUUUUCAAUAUUUAAGUUUUAAAGAUAACUUAUUUUGUUAUACAUAUAUUCACCUCAUUACUUCUUUCCUUUACAAUGCUGCUAUUUAUUGAUGUUGUAUGGAUGUUUACUUUAAUUGGGUUUUCUUUAACGUGUGCUUGCCUCUCUUCCAAUAUGGUUUUGCGUUUUUUUUUCUGCGCUGUCCCUUUGCUGUACAUUUCCCAGCUGUUGGACAAAUAAAGGACUUCUGAUUCAGA